CGGGUGGUUAGGUAUUGCCCCAACCCCACAGAGAGAAACAAGGUGGCGGGCGCGAGCACUGCUACGAAACGAGCAAACGAGAGAGAGAGAGAGCGCGCGAGCGCAUAAGGUAAGAAGAAGAAUCGACUGUCUCAGCAGGCAUGAGAAACCUUUGGAACACAAUAAAGUAACUAUGAGCCAACCUUGAAACCAGAAGCCCGACAACCCAAUAGAUGUAAAGCUCUUUGUGCUACUCUCCUGUGUUUCCUCGGAAGUGCCCAUGGCCCUACGUGAGUCUCCCUUUGCUAAUGGGUGCAUGGCUGGCCUACACAGCCUCUCCUGGUGGCUCAUUUUCCCCUGCUUCUGGUUUCUGGACCAGAUGAUCGCAGCCUGCCUCCCCACCACCCUGGAGAAGAAGCAGCGACAGGAGGAGCAAUGCGGCCUGGGCCCCCUCAGAUCAUGUUUUGGGCUCCUCCUGCUCCUGGUUCUCUUCGUGCUCACGGCUCCUGUAGCCCUGAUUGGCUUCCUCAUGUGGGCGCCCCUGCAGGCGGCACGCAGGCCCUUCAUCUACUCCCGGGGGAUAACCUCCAAUCAGGAGGAGGGAGCCGCAAAUAAACUGACAGGGGAGAGGGGAAGCUUUGGCUUUGUGACGGCCAAUCUCUGCCUGUUUCCUGACAGCUUGGCCCGGUUUAACAACCUGGGCCACACCCAGACCAGGUCCAGUGAGAUUGCUCAGCGCAUCCAGAGUGUCAACAGGUCGCAGAUUGAGAUUUACGUGGACUCGCCCAGCAGCGACACAGAUAGCUGUUGCAGCAGGACCAGCCUCCUCUCACCCUCUCGUUCUUAUGGGUCAACAGACUCCCAGCCCCCCAACAGGCCCCCCUCGGUGUCCGAUUCCAGCCUGCCCUUGGAGGAGGUGGUCUGUGAAAGUGGGGGAGGGGAAGGAGAUUCGAACUCCAACACUGCCGGCAUCGUCCUUGGAAUGUACCCGAAUGCUGGAGAGUGGGAUGUGGCUCCUGACACUGCAGAAGUGAUGAAGGGUACACAUUUAAACCAUAAUUCCCAUAGCAGCAAGAAGGCUGGCCAGGAAUCACAGGAGUUGGACGAUGUCCCCUGGGAGGUCUCCUCGGUGUUUCCCACCAGUGUGGACUUCGUCUGCCUCCAGGAGGUUUUCGACAGGAGAGCCGCCCAGAAGAUGAAGGACAUCCUGAGCCCCACUUUCAGCCACAUGCUCUACGACGUGGGGGUCUAUGCCUUCCACGGCUGCUGCUCCAGCUUCAAGUUCUUCAACAGUGGCCUCUUCUUUGCCAGCCGCUACCCUGUCCUGGACGCUGCCUUCCACUGCUACCCCAAUGGGAAGGGGGAAGAUGCUUUGGCUGCUAAAGGGUUGCUUUGUGUCAAGGUCCAAGUUGGUAGAAAUCACCAGGCAAAGAAUAUUGUAGGAUAUGUGAACUGCACGCAUCUUCAUGCUCCUGAAGCCGAUGGAGGAAUCCGCUGUGCACAGCUGACUCUGGUGAGUGAGUGGAUCAGUGAGUUCCAGGCACUCACAAAGAGAGCCCAUGAGAUUGUGGUGUUUGAUACACUUUGUGGGGACUUCAAUUUUGACAACUGCUGCCCUGGUGAUGCCCAGGAGCAGAAGCACAAGAUCUUUGAUGAGUAUCGAGAUCCAUGCCGUGUUGGGCCAGGCCAGGAGAAGCCCUGGGUCACAGGAACUCUGUUGCAACAGCCGACAAUGUAUGAUGAAGAAGUUUUGACUCCGCAAAGCCUGCAGAGGAGUUUGCAGAAUGAAGAUGUGCGAAGGAACUACAUUGCCCCUCCCUUUGGCUCAGGUGGGAGUCCCUGUGACUAUCCAGAGCCUGGAGCCCCCUGGGUGGGGAGACGCAUUGACUACAUGCUGUACAGAGAGGCCAGCCUCUCCCAGAACUGCAAAACUGAAAUUGAGGAAUUCACUUUUAUCACUCAGCUUGCUGGGCUGACGGAUCAUAUACCUGUAGGCAUGAGACUCGGUGUGUCUGUGAAUACAGAGGAUCUAGGAGGACAACAGGAAAACAGAACGCACUCGUUGCAGCAGAACCCGUUUUCAACAUGAUACAGAAAGGACCAUUGUCAACAGAGAUGCCACACAAACCCCCGAAAACCAUUAUUAGGGUGCAUUGGAGGGUAAUUAAAGGAGCAGUGCCAUUAUUGGGGUGCAUUGGAGGGUAAUUAAAGGAGCAGUGCCAUUAUUGGGGUGCAUUGGAGGGUAAUUAAAGGAGCAGUGCCAUUAUUGGGGUGUAUUGGAGGGUAAUUAAAGGAGCAGUGCUAUUAUUAGGGUACAUUGGAGGGUAAUUAAAGGAGCAGUGCAAUUAUUGGGGUGCAUUGGAGGGUAAUUAAAGGAGCAGUUCCAUUAUUAGGGUGCAUUGGAGGGUAAUUAAAGGAGCAGUGCCAUUAUUGGGGUGCAUUGGAGGGUAAUUAAAGGAGCAGUGCCAUUAUUGGGGUGCAUUGGAGGGUAAUUAAAGGAGCAGUGCCAUUAUUGGGGUGUAUUGGAGGGUAAUUAAAGGAGCAGUGCCAUUAUUGGGGUGCAUUGGAUGGUAAUUAAAGGAGCAGUGCCAUUAUUGGGGUGCAUUGGAGGGUAAUUAAAGGAGCAGUGCCAUUAUUGGGGUGCAUUGGAGGGUAAUUAAAGGAACAGUGCCAUUAUUGGGGUGCAUUGGAGGGUAAUUAAAGGAGCAGUGCCAUUAUUGGGGUGCAUUGGAGGGUAAUUAAAGGAGCAGUGCCAUUAUUGGGGUGCAUUGGAGGGUAAUUAAAGGAGCAGGGUGGAUCAAGUUGGGGAAUACUUGGAUCUAGAAUAUGUUCUACCACAGAUGUAUUCAUCGAGUUUUGUGAAGUUGGGAUUUCUUAUAAACUUCUGAAAUGAAGUUUGUUCCUAAACCUACUUGCAGACUGGAUUGUGAGUUAUAAUUUUUUUGGUUUAAGAAUUAGUUCUGAAAUAUUCUCCCUGGUUGAUUGUGUUUGAAAUACAAGACUAAACUAUGUCUAGGAUAUCAUUUUUGACUCUGUGUCCAUCACCUCCUUUAAGGAGAUUUGAAAGGGUUACUUAUGGUGGCACAUUUUGAUUUAUUUAUUCAUUUCAUUUUUUAUAUUUUUAAAUUGUUAAAACACACAAUUUCUUCCAGCAUUUGAUGGUGGGUUUAAUUCAGUUAUUUUUGUUCAGAAGGGGCUCACAGCAAUUUCAUACACAGUGUGAAGAAUAUAAAUGUAGCUUAACCAUAUGCCGUGACAAUAUACUACUUUCUUCCAGUAAAGGGUUAAGAAGGGUGACACCUGGUGGAUACGAGGUGCCGUGAAUCUCUCCCAUGAAAUGACUAACAUGUUCAAACGUAGUUUGACGAAUGAGCAACAAUUUAAAUGAUUAAGUUGGUUUUAGAAUCAUUUUAAUAACUAAUCUUGCGGACGCAAGUUUAAGAGUUGUUUCAGUAUGUUUUCCCAAUAAAAUUGAAAUGUUUAUUGUGUUUUAAUGAAGUUUAAAGUGAAAAUAUUUCUUUAAUUAUUGUGUAAUGUGUUUAACUUGCUUGUAACGGUAAUUUACUAAGGAGAAUAAAAUGGAAUGUGUAUCCUUCUAUGAUCAAUCUAACUAAAGUUAUAUCGACAUGAAGUUUUGUUCUAUAAAGGUUUUUGUUCUAAUGAAUUCUCUCUCCAUGGAGGCGGGAUGGUGCUUGUGUUGAUGACACCAUUGCUUGUGUAAAACAAAGUGUCAUUCAAACCCUGUAAGCCAAUGAAAGGACUUAUUUUGGCCAGGGAUUAACUUCCCGGUUUUCCCGGAAGUGAUUGAAUCAUCAAAGUAAACUUCUCUUUGGGCGCUAUAGUUAAAGCGAAACAAGCAUGUCUGCAUUCUUAACACCGUCACUGUACAUCAUGUGCUACGAAUCCUGCGUGCACGUGUACCUAACCAUACGGAAUCCUGCGUGCACGUGUACGUAACCAUACGGAAUCCUGCGUGCACGUGUACCUAACCAUACGGAAUCGUGCGUGCACAUGUACGUAACCAUACGGAAUCCUGCGUGCACGUGUACCUAACCAUACGGAAUCCUGCGUGCACGUGUACGUAACCAUACGGAAUCCUGCGUGCACGUGUACCUAACCAUACGGAAUCGUGCGUGCACGUGUACGUAACCAUACGGUAUCCUGCGUGCACGUGUACCUAACCAUACGGAAUCCUGCGUGCAUGUGUACCUAACCAUACGGAAUCCUGCGUGCACGUGUACCUAACCAUACGGAAUCCUGCGUGCACGUGUAAUCAUUUUAUGUGUUGAGUUUCUUUUUGUCUGUUAUGAGUACUAAAGUAAGCGCAUAUGAUGGAUUUGAGAUCCUUAAACAUACAGUAUGUAUUUGGACUUUUAAUGUUAGUUUAUUGUGACUGGUUAACCUGUCUUGAUCAUGAAACUAGAAAGCAUUAUAUAUAGCAUUUUUUAUAACUUAGCCUCAUAUUUCUUUUCUAUUUUGUUUAUAGUUUUUUUGAUGUAUCUGAAACCUAGAAUAAUGUAUUUGUAAAUAUCAUGUAAAUAUCAUUUUAUAAGAAAUAUGAAAUUAUGUGAUGUACUAAAACCCUAGUUUUAUAUGUAAAUAUUAGUCACAUAAUGGAGGUGUCAUCCUGUAUAUUAAGAAAUUAAUAACUUAUGUUUGUAUAUUGCAAAACAUAGUAGGGGUGGUACCUAGGAUUUUGAGGUAUUAAUAUUAAAUAUUACAUCUUCCAAAUAUGCGCUGCAGCGUGGUGUUGACAGCCAAGCAAAGCUUUGAAGCCUGAAACAUUUGAAAGCGAUUUGCUGCUGUUAAUGAUAGAGAACCGGGAGCAGGGAGCAUGUGUCUGAAGGAUACAGCUACGCCUCUCAUAAAAGAGUGGCAUGCCCUAUUGAGGAAUGUAUUUUAUAUUGGUAUAUUAACAGUGAGCCUGAUAAAACUGUACCCUUAUAACAGGCAGCUGCAUAAAGAGGAUUUUUCUUACAAAGCUUUACUUUUCAAAAUGAUUCUCUUCAUAAAAUGAAUGAAAAACCA